AUGAACCUGACCUCCGGGCAAGCUCGACCGGAUCCAUGUUUGAGCUUGAUGAACUCGACAAUUUCAGAAGCCCGUUCCAUCGAUAGAGGUGUCAGCACCGCAGGCUUCAUGAACGCCCCCACCGAUCUAGACGAGGUCCAAGCUGAAGUGGGCGUUUCAUCUGCGACUUCCACGAUCCUACCCGCCCAUCACGGCUACUCUACAGCCACUCUGAUCCUUUCCAACUCGCGACCUUAUUCUUCGUCGUCGUCGACGACUCUGACGCCGUCCGCAGCUGUGGUUCCAUCGACCAACUCGAUGCGGUUCAAUGACGAGACUGCUUUCCCGCUUCCACCUUUCACAUCUGCCGCCACAGAUGUGCCUUUCUCCCGCACAAUGGUUUUCGGUGACAGCGACGGCUUCCUUUCUAAGAAGACUCCAGUCGCCACCACCACUUCCGUCACUACCAGCGAAACUCUGUCAGCAUUUUCAAAACUGAAACUCUUCAAAACUCGCACAUCUCCCGCUUCCGCCCCCGUCGUUACUUCGACAUCAACUCAAACCCUUGACCUAGGCAGCGAAUCAGGCGCCGACCAAUCCCUAGCCAUCGCAGACAUCAAACGUGAAGCACAAGCACUCCUCGAGUCCAUCCGAACUCUGUCCGAGGAAAUCGAUACAUCCAUCCCUCCAACCCACCACCUCCCCGGAAGCAUAUACAAACGUCCAAACAGCACCAAGUCCACUUCUCCCGCCACCUCCCUAGAAGCACAAGUAGAAGGAGAAGGUCAAAAAGAGGUCUCGUUCGUAGCAGUCGACAUGGCUUAUUUAGACGUAUGGAGAUUGAUGGAUUCUUGGUACUGGUCCAGUUUUGAGGUUGGGCCUGCUCAGUCGGUCUAA